GCGUCUGGCUUCCGGGUUAAGUGUGCAUUGUGUCAAGAAGCGGUGCGGCUUGGCUGGGUUGUGUUUCAGAGGACACACGGCUCUCGACCUUCGCCUCUCCCGAGUCCGUACGGUAGUUGCAGCGAUGAGACAAUACUGUAACUACCAAUUGGAUACCAGGACAUUGGGGGAAAGGAGUAAAAAAGAAAUAAAAAAAGACCCAGAUGUUUUUUGGGGGUCAAGUAUCAGGUGCUCUUUUAGUGUUGUUCUCUCAGUGACCGAAACUUUGUAGCGGGGCAGGGGAAAAAGAGGGAGAAGCAACAGGGAUAGUCACAUUAGAAGCGGUGGGAGAUGAGGAAAUGUCGGACGGUAGUCCCAUAGGGUUUGGCCAGGAUAGGCUGUCAUUGUAAAUAACAAUUGGUUCUUAACUGACUUUCCUAGUUAAAUAAAAGAGCCAAGCCCAAGAUCCUAUUGGCGCGUUCUAGCAUAAUCUGCGUAUUUCCGUUAGGGAACAACUCCUCUAUGAAGUGAGCGUGUGGAAUAACUAAAUUCGCCUUUGCACUCCUAAACAACGCGAUUUUAUAAGUAAUUUGCAAAGGGUAAAGUCUACAACACUUAGUCCACUCUGUUCAUAACACAUUAUAGUUUUGGGAACAGAAAGCUGUUUUGAGAUCAAAUGUUUCCUCAAUGAUAAAAUGUUCAGAAUAUCGGCCAAAAUCCAUCUCUUUCCACCUCCCCCACUGCUGGCCAGUGGGCUUCCUCCAAAUUUAUGCUACACAUUUAUACAUCCAGUGAAAUAUCUGUCUCGACAUUGUUCUGUGGUGUAGCUACAUACAAUUUAGCAUUGACUCGCGAAACUACCUCUAACUUGCAGAGACAUAAACAUUUAUACAUUCGUUUAUGGACUCUGGGGAAGUAGAAAACGGGUUUCAUUGCCAAAAUCCCGAAGUAAGGUUAUUCCUUGAAAAACCAUUGCGAUUAUUUUUCUUUCCUCCUCUCCGGUAGAGGGAGCACGUUUAUUUUAGGGUUGGUGGUUGUUUGUUGUAGACUGCAUUCUGAACUCAGGAGGAAGGAUUCUUCGUGUUUAUUCAACAAAGUAACUGCCAGCUAGCGUGAACAACGACUGCCUAAAUUCACAUUUAGUCAAGAUUGGAAUGUAGAUACAUUUGGUAGGUUGCGCCCUUUCAAAUUGGUAACAUAAUAUCCGGGUACAUAAAAGUCUUCGUCUGGCUGAACAUUUGUGGAGCAAGGUGCUUCUAAAUAGCUAGCUAAUACUAGCUAACGUUAGGUUGCUACAGUAGCGAGUUAAAAGGAUUCAAAAUAACAACUGGUAGCCAGCCGGCUGGCCAGAAAGCCGGGGGAAUCACCGCAGCACCGCGGGGAGCCGAGGCCCGAAAGGGAGCCUUCCAGGACCGCGGCUUGAUGUACCCUGCCUGCCUCGCCCCAGCAGCCCACAAUGGGGGAGACCAAAGUCAUAUAUCACCUCGACGACCAGGAAACACCUUACCUGGUCAAAUUGGCAGUGCCCGCGGACAGGGUCACACUUGCAGACUUCAAAAAUGUUCUGAAGAAACCGAACUACAAGUUCUUCUUCAAAUCUAUGGAUGACGAUUUUGGGGUGGUGAAAGAAGAGAUAUCUGAUGACAAUGCCAAACUCCCUUGUUUUAAUGGUCGUGUGGUAUCUUGGCUGGUGUCAGGGGACGGUGCUCACUCAGACGGGGGCUCGGUGGUUGAGAGUUUGUUGGAGCUGCCGCCACCCCCCCUGGAGAGGACAGGGGGCAUCGGGGACUCCAGACCACCAUCCUACCAUGGGAAGGCCACAGGUGGACGAGACUCGUUGGACAACGAGACUGAGACGGGCUCAAUGGUGUCCCAGAGGAGAGAGAGGGAGCGACCGCGCCGGAAACCCACUCACCAGCCUGGUGGGAGGAACGGUUACUCGCGAGUGGGCCGAGCGGCUGAGCUGAGCCAAUAUGACAGCUGCUCGUCCUUCAUGAGCAGUGAGCUGGAGUCCACCAGCUGCUUCGACUCUGAGGACGACGACGCCACCAGCCGCUUCAGCAGUUCCACAGAGCAGAGCUCCUCUCGCCUGAUGAGGCGACACCGCCGGCGCCGGCGGAAACCCAAAACGUCCAACAUGGAAAGGUCUUCAUCCUUCAGCAGCAUCACAGACUCCACCAUGUCUCUGAACAUCAUCACUGUUACACUGAACAUGGAGAAGUAUAACUUCCUGGGCAUCAGCAUCGUGGGGCAAAGCAAUGAGAGGGGAGACGGAGGCAUCUACAUCGGCUCCAUCAUGAAAGGAGGGGCUGUGGCUGCAGACGGACGCAUUGAGCCCGGAGACAUGCUGCUGCAGGUGAACGACAUCAACUUUGAGAAUAUGAACAACGACGAUGCGGUUCGAGUGCUGAGGGACAUCGUACACAAGCCAGGUCCCAUCACUCUGACUGUGGCUAAGUGCUGGGACCCCAACCCCCGGAGCUGCUUUGCUCUGCCUAGAAGUGAGCCGAUCCGGCCCAUUGACCCUGCUGCGUGGGUGUCCCACACUGCAGCGAUGACGGGGGUGUACCCUGCCUAUGGCAUAAGCCCCUCGAUGACCACGGUCACCUCCACCAGCUCCUCCAUCAGCAGCUCCAUCCCUGAGACUGAGCGCUUCGACGAUUUCCACUUGUCCAUCCACAGCGACAUGGCAACCGUUGCCAAGGCCAUGGCUUCCCCGGAGUCGGGCCUGGAGGUGCGAGACAGGAUGUGGCUAAAGAUCACCAUCGCCAAUGCCUUUAUAGGCUCAGAUGUCGUGGACUGGCUCUUCCAUCACGUGGAGGGCUUCUCGGACCGCAGGGAAGCCAGGAAGUACGCAAGUAACCUGCUCAAGGCCGGCUAUAUCCGCCACACCGUCAACAAGAUCACCUUCUCCGAGCAGUGUUACUACAUCUUCGGAGACCUCUGUGGCAACAUGGCCCACUUGUCUCUGCAAGACCACGACGGCUCCAGUGGAGGGGCGUCGGACCAGGACACCCUGCCCCCUCUGCCCCACCCUGGGGCGGCCCCCUGGCCCAUGGCCCUACCCUACCAGUUCCCCAUCGCCCACCCCUACAACCCCCAGCCCCAACCCGACCUGCCCCAGGGCUUCCCGGGAGUAGGGGCAGGCAGCGCUGGCAGCCAGCACAGCGACGGCAGCAGCGGCUCCAACUGCAGUAAGCCCGAGGGCAGAGGCGGCGCCGGGGGCUCCAACAAGUCGGGUGGUAGUGGCAGCGAGUCAGAGAUCAGGAGCCACCGGGCCCCAAGUGAGCGCUCUGUGGCCCCUAGCGAGCGCAGCACCCGCAGUUCCUACAGCCAUCGAAGCGCCCACUCACUGUCCUACGGCCCCGGCUUGGUCUAUGCCCCCCCAGGCCUGCCCCCUCAGCCCCUCCACCUGGCCACAGCUGCCCCUGGAGCACCCCCAGGCCGAGAGCUGGCCAACGCUGCCCCAGAGCUCACCGGCUCCCGCCAGUCCUUGCGUAUAGCCGUUGGUAACUCUGGCGAGUUCUUUGUCGAUGUCAUGUGAUGCAGGUCAUGUCAUAGGCACACCACAAAAUGGUGGAUACGAAUUGUUUUGUUUAGUGCUGAGAGGGACAGACAGGAGGAGGAGGUCUCUAGGAAAUCAUUGUUGGGGUCAAUUCCAUUUCCUUUUUGAAUUGGCGGAAUUAAAAUGUAAUUGAGCCCAACCCUGCUGGAAAUGUCCUCUUGCUCUUCUGCUCUACUUUCUUCAGUGAAGAAUCCCCCCGUCAGUUUCCUCCCUGUGAGGCGAGUUGUGUUUGGGUCGUGACCUGGAGGGAGGCCGGGGAAACAGCUGACGAUGACUCGGCGCUUUUCUACAUGGAUGUUUUUAAUUUGUUGUUUUCUGUCUUUCCUCUCCUUAUCUGCACGUCCUCUGUCCCCCCCAACCCCAGUCCAUCAGAGACAAAGUUUAAAAAAGCUUCCUCCCUCCCUACAUACAUUCUUUCACCUAAAAUGGUCCCUUAACAACCGAUUUAUGUUUGCAAAGUGAAAGAAAUAGAAAAUUAACACUAAUCUUAAAUGGACUUUUAUUUGUAUGACUUUGUUUGACUAUGAAAAUGUAGUACAAGAGACUUGAUGCCCUUUCUGUUCUCUUGUGUUUAUCAUAGCUGGUUGCAGAUACAUGUAGUUUCUUUUUCAACACUUAACAUGAGCUUCCAGUUUAGACUCAUUGUUAAAGUACAUUUGUCUGUUAAUCAGAGGUAUAUUUGUGUCUCUGUCUUGCGAUAAUGUACAGUGGAGAGAAAAAAGGUUUUCUUACCAACUCUCACUACUCUUUUAUUGAGAAAUGUGUUUUUAUUUAUAAAUAUAGUUUUAUGACUUUAA